AUGGUGCGCAAGUUCCAGAGGGACUUCUGCUUCCUCCUGAAGCAGUUGGAGAACAAGUCCCUGCUCUCGUCGCUACCGUUGCUGCUCCCAGAGGUCAGUUCAGGAUGGCACUGGCCACAAGAGCUACCUCAGUUAGGAGAACAAGCUGCUGCUGCUGUUCAAGGAGGACCACAAGAGCCACCUCUACCUGAAGCAGAACAAGCUGCCGCUGCUGCUGCUGUUCAAGGAGGACCACAAGAGCUACCUCUGCCUGAAGCAGAAGAAGCUGCUGCUGCUGCUGCUGCUGCUGCUGCUGCUGCUGCUCCUGCUCCUCCUCCUCCUCCAGUUCCAAGUGACAUUCCUGCUCAAUUUCGAUGUGUCAUCUGCCUCUUGAGUCAAGUAGAAGUCGUCUACUACCCCUGCCGCCACAUGGUGACAUGCAGCUCGUGCGACAGACGUCUAGAGAGAUUUACCGUUGGUUGUCCGACCUGUCGGGGAAGGAUCGCUCGACGACUAACGGUGUUUCUCCCCUGA